GAUUGAGGCACUCCCUGGUACAUGGGUGAAGGGUUCAAUGUAUGUAGUGGAUUCUAGGAAACGUUUACUGAGUGCUGAGGUCUCUGGGCCACUCUGUCAGCUCUGCAGAUGGAGCAAUCACAUUAGCAGUGGUUUAGCUCAUUUGGAUCCCAGAUUAAAUUUAUGCAUAAGUUUUUUUUACAGUCGGUUUCUGCCUGUCAGUCACAUGGCAGCUGUGAGGGCUAUGUUUUUGCUGCAAAGCCUCUCUUCUCUUGUGAACUGAACUGCAGUGCUCAGCGUGUGAGAAGGAUUUGCAUUGAACAAGGUUGGUCAGGUGUAAGAGGUCUGGGGUCGGUGUCCCUCUCCGAGGUCUGAGGUCCCAUGUUGCCUUGUCUUAUCUGGAGCAUGAAAAAUAAUGUGCAAAAGGACGGCAAGUCGAGAAGCUUUGAUUAAACUCCCAAACGUAUCAAGUCUCGUAGAGGUACAGCAGGCGAUUUGCGGAGAAAUUCACUGUUUCAAUCUAUGUCUUCACCAAAUGACGUUGGUGUUCCUUUGUUGAGAAGUAACAAAGCUGGGAGCUCUUUGAUCCAGUACAUAACAACUCCGAUGCAGUGACGCCUACUCACAAGAUUAACCACUUAUCGUAGAAGGGACAGGAUUGGCUUGGAAAAUACACAGCACUCGCUGAGCAACCAAGAGGAUCCCCAAUAGCUACAGAAAAGCACCAAUUGGCUCUGGCUGUGUCUCGGCCCUCGGGGAACAUGGAGCAAACCAAGGAGACGAAGAGAUCCGGCAAGGAGAAGGCGCGGAGGUAUGUCGAUCCACCCGAUGGAGGGUGGGGAUGGAUGAUCGUGCUGCAUUUCUUUCUGGUCAAUGUGCUGGUGAUGGGAACCCUCAAAACCUUUGGGAUUUUCUUUGUGGCUUUUCAAGAAGUCUUUGGGGGCUCCUCAGAGCAGAUCAGCUGGAUGGGGUCCAUCAUGUCCAGUCUACGACUGUCUGCAGGUCCUCUUGCCUCUGUUGCCUGUGGAAAGCUGGGAGACCGAUGGGCCUCAAUCCUUGGGGCUGUCCUGGUAUCUGCUGGGUUUCUCAUGAGCAUCUUCGCCACUGGGAUCAUCUUCCUUUACGUCUCUCUUGGUGUCGUAGUUGGAGUAGGCUUCGCAUUUCUGUACCAAGCCGCUACCGUGAUGCAGGCAAAGUACUUCAAGAAAAGACUUGCCACAGCCUACGCUAUAGCUCGAUCUGGAAUGGGCCUCACCUUUGCACUUGCCCCUUUCACACAGCUGUUAUUGGAGGAGUAUGACUGGCAAGGUGCUUUGCUUAUCCUGGGUGGCAUCAUGUUGAAUCUAAUAGCAACUGGUAUGUUACUGAGGCCAAUCUAUCUCCGUGAAAACCAGCCGAUGACCACCAAUGUGCAGUGCUUGACAAAUGCACAUGGAGGGUACUGCCAGAAUGGGUUGAUGAGACCAGUUGCUUUCGAGAACCAUUCGGAGGACUGUAUACUCACGGUGAACAGCCACAUUGGGAUGGAGGACAAAGUGAAUGACUGCAAGACCAAAGCAGGAAUGGAGUCCAACGCUGUGCUCGAUGACAGUCAUUUCUGGGAGAAAGUAACUUACAAAGCAGCUCAGAAUGAGACUGUUGAGUUGGUGAGCAGUGAGGGGGAAAGCCAGAAACAUCCACCCACGGAGAAACUGCUGGAUUUCUCGCUGCUCAAAGACCCUUUCUUUUGUAUAUACACCUUCUCAGUGGUGUUCAGCCAACUGGCCUACUUCAUUCCUUACUUUCACCUGACAGCAAGGGCCAAGACCCUGGGCAUCAACGCCAUGGAUGCGUCCUUCAUCAUUUCUGUGGCAGGGAUAACCGAGACGGUGGCCCAGCUAGCGUCAGGAUGGAUCGCUGACCAAAACUUCAUCAACAAGUACCAUUACCACAAGGCCUACCUUCUGCUGUGCGGGCUGUCCAACCUGCUGGCUCCGCUGGCAAUAACGUACGGGCAACUGAUGGUCUAUGCCGUGUCGUUUGCUGUAUUCUGUGGUGGAUAUAUGGCUCUACUGCUUCCUGUUCUGGUGGACCUGGUUGGGGUGACCAGGGUGCGAAGCUCUUUGGGAUUCUCCAUGUUCUUUGCUGGUAUUGGCUGUCUGACUGGGCCUCCAGCAGCAGGUUGGCUGUAUGACUACACACUGUCCUAUGACUGCUCCUUUUACCUGGCUGGCGGAUGCUACAUCCUAUCGUCGGUCUCAAUCUUCUUGGAGCCCACGGCACGAAGGUAUAAGGCAAGGAAGCAAGCAGAAACAACGAUGGUGAAACCCGAACCCAUCCCAAACAAAGGCUACCUAGUCGAAUACAAUAGGCAACUCAUGCCAUCCAACACCAACCCUGAAAAGCUGGAACGCAUCACCUCAGUAUAAAGCAGACUUGCUGAAUGUAUCUAAUAAGGAAAUAUAAUGUCAGAUUCAUCGGGAAUAUCAUGAUGUGUCACAAGAUGCACCAUGGUGAUUUAAAAUACGUGUAAACUUGUGAAUUUUUGUACUCAUCAAAAUGAGGAGCUUCAGUGACGGGCAUGGAGCCAUUUUCUAACUCUUCCACACCAACAUUCGGUUGAGAUACAUCAUGGAUCCAACGCAGAGCAAAGCUCCCUCUCACUCCUCCCUGCCAACUUGCCUCAAUGCCAAAUGCAGAAGUUACAGUUGGCAAAUGCCAAGCUGCACGAGCCUUAUAUUUCCACUCACCGCGGAAGUUCCUGUAAGAUUGUUCGUGACGUUGCUAAUUUCUGUGAUAAUCUGGGGGUAGGUGUGGGGGGGGGGGGGGUGUUGUGCAAGCGGCUGUGUCUACAAGGAACAAGUUUAAGUCUUCCCGUAACUCAUUACAUCCAGCAGAGAGAGAGAGACUUUCAAUCUAUUAUUAGCCAGAUUCAAGCCCAGACUCCCAAACAAGAACAGUGUGUUCUGCACAGUGGAAACCACAGGAAAAAACUGCUCCAGCAAGAAUCUUCCAACACUUUGAUAGGGUGGAGUUUGCCUUCCGAAUAACAUGAAAACCCACGUACGCACAACUUAAAACCAUGAUAAUCAAAACUAGUCAAUGAGAAUAAUCUCUGUAGGGAUUUAGUUAACAAGUUACACCUAAAGCCUAGAAAAUGGCAUUGUCGGGCUCCCCCGUGCAUUCUACUUUUUGUUCAAUUGGCCUCCGGUUUCUAAUAUUCCUUAAAGAGCUUGUGGACUGUGCAAUAAUCAGUAAAUACACUUACAUUUAAUACGAGAAGUUCUCAAUCAGUUAAUAUGAAACUCAAACAUCAAAUCUGAAACUCGGUUGGUAACAAGAACUUUUCUACUCAUCACUACGUGUCAAAUGAUUGCAGCUGUCAACAUUAGAUAAGCACCUCUGGCACCAGUGUUUUGCAUUUGCCACACGCAAGUUACUACCACUGAUAAAUUAUAACCAUUUAAAAAAGCAGCGUUAAACUACUCUUUUUGACAAUCAGUAAUGCAUUGGCCGAGGAAGACGCUUUUAACGUCAAACGAAUGUGGCGAAUCCGAUUUUAAAAAACACAUCAAUGAGGAUUGAGAUGGAUCUAUGAUGUACUAGCUUAGUUUAAUAUCUAAUU